AUGCCGUACCUUUAUCGCGCCGAUCACUCAAAUCUCCGGCGUCCCCUUUCCCCACCAUCCCCGCGCGCUGCUGUUUGCAUCACCAUCUGCAGCGGUGGCGGCGUCCGCGGAGGUUCCGUUGGCGGUGCCAGCGGCGUCGGAAAGUGCGGCGGUUGCGGCGGCGGCGGCGGCGGCGGCGGCGGCGGUGGCGGUGCGGGCGGUGACGGUACUAUGUCCCGCAAGGUGACGCAGGUGUCGGGUAUUCUGGACGUGCAUGUGAUGCAAGCGGAGGGACUGAAGAACGUGUGCUUGUACGGACCCCAGGACGUUUACGUUAAGAUCCUCUGCGGCACGCACGACGACUCGCAGGGCCGCGUCGCGCUGCAUACCAAGACCGUGAAAGCCGGCGGCUCGAACCCCAUAUUUAACCAGCGACUACAGGUAGGCGUGCAGGAGCGCCACGUGGAGGUGAAGUGCGAGAUCUGGGCGGCGAGCCACAACCGCGGCACGGCAGACGACCAGCUCAUCGGCUUCGUGCACGUGCCUAUUUACAAAGACUCUUCCGACAAGGCCAAGGGGCAGACUAUCCGCGAGUUCCCCCUCCGCCCAGUAGACGGCGACGCGGGGGCAGCCUCCGCGGGGGUCAUCCGCCUUGCGCUCUCUUACCAUCCGCGCCCCUCCUCUUCCGCCGCCGCGUCCUCCGCCCUCCCCAUCCGAGGACCGCCCGGCGGAGGCAUCUUGGGCCGCGCGCUUUCCGCAGCCUUCUGCCGGAUCGCCAGCGACAAAGCGGGCGCGGGGAGCAGCAAAGCGAGCGGAGCGGGCGGCGGCAGCGGCGGCGGCGGCGGCGGCGGCAGCAGCGGCGAUUCCCGCAGUGACGGCAGCGAGCGCGGGAGUAGCAGGGGCGCGCGGGGUUGUUGCGGCGGUUGGCGGAAGCAUUAG